AUGACUAAUCGUGAACUAAGACAACUGGAACAAGUUCAAGCAGAAACUAGACUACGCUCAGGAAGAGCUAGAGUUCAAGUAACAGAGAUGGAUGAACCGACCGUUGAGGACUUGACAUCCCAGCUUGAAAGCCUACGUGCCCAGCUACGGGAAAAGGAAGAAGUAGUGGAAAAGCUUCAAUCAGUAGCAGACGAGACUAAACUGAAGUUGGAAGAGUCCCUGGACGCUGCUGAAGAAAGAAUCGCAGGACUAGAGCUAGAGCUAAGUCAAUUGGUGAUGCGAGGUGAACUUGAGAGUCUGCGUACGCUCGAGAAUUUGCGAGCAGAGCACAGACAGGUGCUCAACAAAGAAACUGAUCGUAAGGAAGCUGAAACUAAACGGAUGGAAACGUGGAUAUAUGACUUGAAGAAGAGCCAUGAGAACGAGAAGACCCGGCUGCUGGAGCGAAUAGCCUACCUGGAAACCAUACGUGGCGUUGAAGGUGAAGCUGGAGUUUCGACGAGUGCCGAACCGAUAGCCGAUGAUGACUCUUUGUCUACUAGUACCCCUGCUGAUCGAUCUUGGCCAAGACGCUGCGAUGACAAUUUUAGUAAAUGGGCAGAAUUAUUCAAGGAGAGAGCCAAGUUCUCUGGCUGGGGUCCAGAUGAUCAGUUAUAUCACCUGAAAACACACUUGGAGAAGUCAGCCCUGGAAGCGUACGGAAACCUCCCAGAUAGUAGCAAGACUGAUGUCAGCAGUGCUAUUGCAUCUCUACGACAACGUUUCAAACCCGGUGGAAUGGAAGAAUUACGUGGAUUGGAGUUCCACAGAAGAAUACAAGGCGAUGAGACCACUGAACAGUUGGGUCUAAGUAUCCAACACCUUGGUAAAAGGGCCUACCCAUCCAUGGGCGGCAAGGACUUUGACCGACUACUGAAAGGCCGCUUCUAUCAAGCCCUGAAAGUUGUAUGGCAAAGAAAGCUUGGUCCUCCUAAGCCUGGUGAAAGUUUUCACGAUCUGUUAUGUCGUGCACGUCUGCUUGAAGAAUACGAAAAACAGUACCAAGAGUCGGCUAGGACCAGAGAACCAGGCAGAACUAAACAGUUUAAGCUGGACGAUCACAUUGUCAAGAAACCGAAUAGUGAACAGAAGACUGGUGACGCAAGACGUUGCCAUCUGUGCAAGGAAGUUGGUCACCUUCGUCGAAAUUGUCCGCACAAGAGAGAAGCCCCUGGACGAACUUUCAGGACCGCUAACACCAGUGCUGUAGUGACGCGUGUGCGACCCAAGGAUCUAACCGAGGCUCAGCUAGAGCAACUCUUAGCCGAAAGAAGACUAGAAUGUGAAGGAUCCCUGUUGCAGCUACAAGAGGGUAGCGAUGUGAAUACUAUAAUUGCCUCUACGAAGACAGCUGAAGCUGUGGGUCCGUCCUCUGAUGGAAGUAACAAUUGA